UCCUAACAUUAUUAAUAAUCCUCUCCAGCCAUUGUAAUGGCUUCCUUACUUGAAACCCAAAAACUAAAGAGCAUCGCUAAUAAUUAAGGUCCAAUGGCGUCGAACGUUGUUACCCUUACCACUACCACUGUCGGUUUAGUAUCGUCUGGGAAAUCAUGCACGCUGAAGCCAGCAGUUCCUUUCCCGUCUCUUUCUUUUUCUAACAGUAACGCUAGACCCAGGAUUACGGUGGUCAGAGCAACAGAGGCUGCAGCCCAAGCCAUAAACCCAGAGAUCAGGAAGACCGAAGCCAAAGUUGUGGACUCUGUUGUCGUAUCUGAACUCUCUAAGCCUCUCACUCCUUACUGCAGGUGUUGGAGGUCGGGAACUUUUCCUCUGUGUGACGGGAGUCAUGUGAAGCACAACAAAGCAACCGGUGAUAAUGUGGGACCAUUACUCCUCAAAAAGGAGUAAAGAAUAUUACUGCUAUUUUGGUUAUAUUUUAUUCAUGAUAGUAUGGUAGCUUAUCUAGUUUAUCUAACUAUCUUAAACUUAAACUUAAACUAGCAAUGUGAUUUCUUGGCUCUUGUUUCUUGGAAUAUUCCAUGAGAUUGAUUUUCUGGUUGCU